AUGAAAACUUCAGUUCGAUAAAGCUAUUAAAACAUUCUAAAAAUAUCAUCACAUCUCAAGUAAUCAAAAACAACCAAUUCUCCAUUAAACUAAAAAAAAAGAGUUAAAUCUGCUACUCUGUUAAAGUAGUAACCAUAUGAAAAAUUAAUUAACAAUACAACAAGAGAUGAAGAAACUACCAGAGGUAUAAUCGAUAGCAUAAGAGUUGAUAAUGAUUGUAAAUAAUAGAAUGAAGAUGAUUAAUUCAAAAAAAUUGAAAAUUACAAAUACUAACAUGAAAAAGAUCAAUGUUACAUUACACAUCUAUAACAAUAAGUUAAAGACUUAGAAUAAUAACUGGUUUAAAUAGAAACUAAACAAAAAUCAAUAAUACAACCAAUAAAAAACAAUGCCAAAAUAUUAAUGGAUAGGAUCUCCUAUUUAGAAAUUGCUAAAACUCAAUACUCUGUUGAAGAAGAUAAACUAUAAUAAUGUUUAUAAUAAAUUCUUGAUCAAAAUUAUAAAAUCAAUCUGGCUUAUGAAAAGAAAUGUUUAGAAAUUCAAAAACUCAAAACACUUAAAUAAAUUCCUUUAAAAUCAUAACAAUUUUGA